CCCCAGCACCCGCACCUCUCGCACCCCGCUUGUGGCUGGCAGAGGCGAACCGCAGGCAGAGCUGGGGGACAGGACACCGGGGAAUCGCAGCAGAAUCCUCCCGGGCAGGUGCAGCCCUGCAGCCACUACCCUUCUCCGCGCCGGGGGACACCGGGCCCGGGGAAAGCCAUCGCUCCCCUGGGGCCCUUCGGCGGCCGGCAGCAGCCGCCCGGGGCCGCGGCCGGGGCGGGGGGCGAGGCCGCGGCCGGCCCGGGAGGCCGUGCGGGGCCGUCCGGCGGCGCGGAGAGGCUGCGGGCGCGGCGAGCGCCGGCCCCUUCCCCUCUCCGUGGGAAGCGAUGGUUGAGUCCGGCGGCGGCGGCUGCUCGUGUGGCUGGCAGCCGCUCCGCUGCGCUGCCUGCGCUACUCUCGCCGCGAUCCCUCCCUCCCUCUUCUCUCCUUCUCCUCCUCCUCCUCCUCCCUCUCCUCCUCCUCUUCCUCGCACUCUCCGCAUCCCUCUCCUGCCGCCGCCGCCGCCGCUGCCCGGCUCUCCCCGCCGGCGGCCGUGCAUGCCUCGCCGCCCGCGGCCCCGGGCGUGCCUCCCCUCCCUCCCUCGGUGCCCUCCCUCCCCUGGGCGGGCGGCGGGCCGGCGGCGCCGGGGCUCCGCGGGCGCUGAGCAGCGCAGCCCCGCCGCGGCGCGGGACUGAUGCUGUCUGUGAGCAGAGCGGAGCGAGCCGCCCGCGCAGUCCUGCAGGAGGCGCCGGGCGCUGCGCGGCGCUCGGGACCCGGACCGCUCCUCUCCGCCUCUCCUCGCCCUGUGGUGGUUAUUUGGCGCUGUCCUUAGCCCCGCUGCCGCUCGGAGGACACGGUCGCAGCCGAGAAGAGCCGCCGGGGGUUUUGUGUGAGAGAGUGUGUGUGUGUGGAAUAACUGCAGACAUGACUGCGUGGAGGAAAUUCAAGUCUCUGCUGGUUCUCUGCGCGGGGCUCCUCACUGCAGCUCAGGGUCAGAACUGUGGAGGCUUAGUACAGGGACCAAAUGGUACUAUAGAAAGCCCUGGAUUUCCUCAUGGUUAUCCAAAUUAUGCCAACUGCACAUGGAUCAUUAUCACAGGAGAGCGUAACAGGAUACAAUUGUCAUUUCAUACUUUUGCCCUCGAAGAAGAUUUUGAUAUUUUGUCAAUUUAUGAUGGACAACCACAGCAAGGCAAUUUAAAAGUGAGGUUAUCUGGAUUUCAGCUUCCAUCAUCUAUUGUGAGCACAGGAUCUAUCCUCACCCUCUGUUUCACCACAGAUUUUGCUGUCAGUGCCCAAGGCUUCAAGGCUAUCUAUGAAGUAUUACCUAGUCAUACAUGUGGCAACCCAGGAGAAAUACCUAAAGGUGUACUUCACGGAACCAGAUUCAACAUUGGAGAUAAAAUCCGAUAUAGCUGUAUAGCUGGUUAUAUCCUUGAAGGCCAUGCCAUGUUGACAUGUAUUGUGAGUCCUGGGAAUGGUGCAUCGUGGGAUUUUCCAGUUCCUUUUUGCAGAGCUGAAGGAGCUUGUGGAGGGACACUACGUGGGACAAGUGGAACUAUUUCAAGUCCACACUUCCCUUCUGAGUAUGAAAAUAAUGCUGAUUGCACCUGGACCAUAUUGGCUGAACCAGGAGACACCAUUGCUUUGGUCUUUACUGACUUCCAGUUGGAGGAAGGAUAUGACUUCCUAGAGAUCAGUGGAACAGAAGCACCAUCAAUAUGGUUGAGUGGUAUGAAUCUACCUUCUCCAGUUAUCAGCAGUAAGAACUGGUUACGACUCCAUUUUACAUCUGAUAGCAAUCACCGGCGAAAGGGAUUUAAUGCUCAGUUUCAAGUGAAAAAAGCAAUUGAACUGAAAUCAAGAGGAGUCAAGAUGUUACCCAGCAAAGACAGCAACCACAAAAAUUCUGUCUUGACCCAGGGUGGGGAUGCAAUUGCUUCUGAUACUUGUCCUGAUCCGGGAAUUCCUGAAAAUGGGAAGAGGGUAGGCUCUGACUUCAGGGUGGGUGCAAGUGUACAGUUUUCCUGUGAAGACAAUUAUGUACUGCAAGGUUCUAAGAGCAUCACUUGUCAGAGAGUGACAGAUACAUUGGCUGCCUGGAGUGACCACAGGCCAAUUUGCAGAGCUAGAACAUGUGGUUCUAAUUUACGUGGACCGAGUGGCAUUAUCACAUCACCAAAUUAUCCCGUUCAAUAUGAAGACAACGCACACUGCGUGUGGGUCAUUACAACAACUGAUCCAGAAAAGGUCAUAAAGCUUGCUUUUGAAGAGUUUGAACUGGAAAGAGGCUAUGAUACUCUUACUGUUGGAGAUGCUGGGAAAGUUGGUGAUACCAGAACAGUGUUGUAUGUACUCACUGGAUCUAGUGUUCCUGAUCUUAUUGUGAGCAUGAGCAACCAGAUGUGGCUUCAUUUACAAUCUGAUGACAGCAUUGGCUCUCCAGGAUUCAAAGCUGUUUAUCAAGAAAUAGAGAAAGGAGGUUGUGGAGAUCCUGGAAUUCCAUCAUAUGGGAAAAGGACUGGCAGCAGUUUUCUGCAUGGAGACACACUUACCUUUGAAUGUCAAGCAGCUUUUGAACUGGUGGGAGAGAGAACGAUUACAUGCCAACAAAAUAACCAGUGGUCUGGCAACAAACCCAGCUGUGUUUUUUCGUGUUUCUUCAACUUCACCACACCAUCCGGAAUUAUCCUUUCUCCAAAUUAUCCUGAGGAAUAUGGGAACAAUAUGAACUGUGUUUGGUUAAUUAUCUCAGAGCCAGGAAGCAGAAUCCAUCUGAUUUUCAACGACUUUGAUGUAGAACCUCAAUUUGACUACCUUACAAUCAAAGAUGAUGGGAUUUCAGAUUUACCACCUCUUGGCACAUUUUCUGGCAAUGAAGUCCCUUCUCAAUUGGCUAGUAGUGGGCAUAUAGUUAGACUUGAAUUUCAGUCAGAUCACUCUACCACUGGAAGAGGAUUUAAUAUCACUUACACAACCUUUGGUCAGAAUGAGUGUCACGAUCCAGGCAUUCCAAUAAAUGGGAGGCGUUUUGGAGACAGAUUCCUUCUGGGAAGUUCUGUUUCCUUUCACUGUGAUGAUGGCUUUGUGAAGACUCAAGGCUCUGAAUCCAUAACCUGUAUUAUGCAAGAUGGAAAUGUAGUAUGGAGCUCCACUGUCCCACGUUGUGAAGCACCAUGUGGUGGACAUUUGACAGCAUCGAGUGGUGUUAUCUUGCCACCAGGUUGGCCAGGAUAUUACAAGGACUCACUUAAUUGUGAAUGGGUGAUUGAAGCAAGACCAGGAAAUUCCAUUAAGAUCACUUUUGACAAAUUCCAGACUGAAGUUAAUUAUGACACUUUGGAAGUCAGAGAUGGGCCAGCAAGUUCAUCACCAUUAAUUGGAGAAUACCAUGGAACACAAGCACCCCAGUUCCUUAUUAGUACUGGAAAUUAUAUGUAUCUGCUGUUCACUACGGACAACAGUCGUUCCAGUGUUGGCUUCCUAAUUCACUAUGAGAGUGUUACUCUGGAAUCAGAUUCUUGCCUUGACCCGGGAAUUCCUGUGAAUGGCCAUCGCCAUGGCAACAACUUUAAUAUCCGCUCCACAGUAACCUUCAGCUGUGAUCCAGGAUAUACACUGAGUGAUGAAGAACCUCUCAUAUGUGAAAGAAACCAUCAGUGGAAUCAUGCAUUACCCAGCUGUGAUGCUUUAUGUGGUGGAUAUAUUCACGGGAAGAGUGGAACUGUUCUUUCUCCAGGUUUUCCUGAUUUUUAUCCAAACUCUCUAAACUGCACUUGGACUAUUGAAGUGUCCCAUGGCAAGGGUGUACAGCUGGUUUUUCAUACUUUUCACCUUGAGAGCUCUCAUGACUACUUGCUCAUCACUGAAGAUGGGAGCUUCACAGAACCAGUAGCCAGAUUAACUGGCUCGGUCUUACCCCCGACAAUUAAAGCCGGCCUCUUUGGAAAUUUUACUGCACAGCUUCGAUUUAUAUCUGAUUUUUCAAUUUCUUAUGAAGGUUUCAACAUAACAUUUUCAGAAUAUGAUCUGGAGCCAUGUGAUGAUCCUGGUGUUCCUGCCUUCAGCAGGCGAAUUGGUUUUCAUUUUGGUGUUGGAGAUUCCUUGAUCUUUUCCUGUUUCCCCGGAUAUCGCCUGGAAGGUGCUAACAAACUCACUUGCCUGGGAGGUGGUCGGCGUGUAUGGAGUGCACCUCUGCCAAGGUGUGUGGCUGAAUGUGGAGCAACUGUCUCUGGAAAUGAAGGAACAUUAUUGUCUCCAAAUUUUCCAUCUAAUUAUGACAACAACCAUGAAUGUAUCUAUAAAAUUGAAACUGAGGCUGGAAAAGGGAUUCAUCUUAGAGCCAGGAGCUUUCAGCUGCAUGAGGGAGAUAUUGUUAAGGUGUAUGAUGGAAAAGACAGUUCCUCACGCUCUCUUGGAGUCUUCACCAAAAAGGACAUGAUGGGAGUUAUUCUUAAUAGCACCUCUAACCAUAUGUGGAUAGAGUUUAAUACCAAUGGAUCUGAUACUGACCAAGGAUUUCAGCUGACUUAUACAAGUUUUGACCUAGUAAAGUGUGAAGAUCCUGGCAUACCAAAUUAUGGUUACAAGAUACGAGAUGAAGGACAUUUUAUAGACACAGUCAUUUUAUACAGCUGUAAUCCUGGCUAUACAAUGCAUGGUAGUAGUAUUAUGACCUGCUUAAGUGGAGAUCGAAGAGUUUGGGACAAACCUUUGCCUACUUGCAUAGCUGAGUGUGGUGGUCGAAUUCAUGCUGCUACAUCGGGGCGCAUUUUGUCCCCUGGUUACCCAGCACCAUAUGACAACAAUCUUCAUUGCACUUGGAUUAUUGAAGCAGAUCCAGGAAAGACAAUAAGUCUGCAUUUUAUUGUUUUUGAUACUGAGGUUGCUCAUGACAUCUUGAAGGUAUGGGAUGGGCCUGUUGAGAGCAGCAUACUUCUCAAAGAGUGGAGUGGCUCGGCUCUUCCAGAGGAUAUUCACAGCACUUUCAACUCCUUAACAUUACAAUUUGACAGUGAUUUCUUCAUCAGCAAAUCAGGCUUCUCCAUUCAGUUUUCAACUUCCAUUGCAUCAACUUGUAACGAUCCUGGGACACCACAGAAUGGCACUAGAUAUGGAGACAGCAGGGAACCUGGAGACACCACCACCUUCCAGUGUGACCCGGGCUAUCAGCUGCAAGGGCAGGCUAAAAUUACGUGUGUGCAACUGAAUAACCGGUUCUUUUGGCAGCCUGAUCCCCCUACAUGCAUAGCUGCAUGUGGAGGGAACCUGACAGGCCCAGCAGGAGUUAUUUUGUCACCUAACUAUCCACAGCCUUAUCCUCCUGGGAAAGAAUGUGACUGGAGAAUAAAAGUAAACCCUGACUUUGUCAUUGCCUUGAUAUUCAAAAGUUUCAAUAUGGAACCCAGUUAUGAUUUCCUACAUAUUUAUGAAGGAGAAGAUUCCAACAGUCCUCUAAUUGGCAGUUUUCAAGGCUCACAAGCUCCUGAAAGAAUAGAGAGCAGUGGCAACAGUCUGUUUCUGGCUUUUCGCAGUGAUGCUUCUGUUGGAAUGUCAGGAUUUGCCAUUGACUAUAAAGAAAAGCCACGGGAAGCUUGUUUUGAUCCUGGAAACAUCAUGAAUGGUACAAGAAUUGGAACAGACUUUAAGCUUGGUUCAACUAUUACUUACCAGUGUGAUUCUGGGUAUAAGAUUAUUGAACCUUCAACUAUAACAUGUGUAAUUGGUGCAGAUGGAAAGCCGGCUUGGAACAGAGCGUUACCAUCUUGUAAUGCACCAUGUGGAGGGCAGUAUACUGGAUCAGAGGGAGUGGUUUUAUCACCAAAUUAUCCUCAUAAUUACACUGCUGGACAGACUUGCCAUUAUUCAAUAACUGUCCCCAAAGAAUUUGUUGUGUUUGGACAAUUUGCCUAUUUUCAGACAGCUUUGAAUGAUGUGGCAGAAUUAUUUGAUGGAGAAAACUCUCAGGCUAGACUUCUUAGUUCUCUGUCUGGAUCCCACUCAGGAGAGACAUUGCCUUUGGCUACAUCUAAUCAAAUUCUUCUGCGAUUCAGUGCUAAGAGUGGGGCAUCAGCCAGGGGGUUUCACUUUGUUUACCAAGCUGUUCCACGCACAAGUGAUACACAGUGUAGCUCAGUUCCAGAGCCUAGAUAUGGAAGGAGAAUUGGCUCUGAGUUUUCAGCAGGCUCUGUUGUUCGGUUUGAGUGUAGUCCUGGCUAUCUGCUACAAGGCUCAAAAGCUAUCCGAUGUCAGUCUGUACCAAAUGCCUUAGCUCAGUGGAAUGACACAGUCCCAAGCUGUGUAGUGCCAUGCAGUGGGAAUUUUACUGAGCGCAGAGGUACUAUUCUUUCGCCAGGUUACCCUGAACCUUAUGGUAACAGCUUGAAUUGUGUGUGGAAAAUCAUAGUGACUGAGGGAUCAGGUAUUCAGAUCCAGGUCAUCAGCUUUGCCACUGAACAUAAUUGGGACUCCCUUGAAAUAUACGAUGGUGGAGAUAUGACAGCACCGCGUCUUGGGAGCUUUUCAGGUACAACUGUGCCAGCAUUGUUGAAUAGCACCUCCAAUCAACUGUACCUUCACUUUCACUCUGACAUUAGUGUGGCAGCAGCUGGUUUUCACUUGGAAUACAAAACUGUAGGCCUUGCUGCCUGUCCAGAACCAGUAAUUCCUAGCAAUGGGAUCAAAUCAGGCGAUAGAUAUAUGGUGAAUGAUGUUUUGUCAUUUCAGUGUGAGCCAGGAUAUACAUUACAGGGCCGUUCUCAUAUUUCUUGUAUGCCAGGAACAGUUCGACGCUGGAAUUAUCCAUCUCCUCUCUGCAUUGCUAAAUGUGGUGGAACACUCACAAACAUGGCUGGUGUGAUCCUGAGUCCAGGUUUUCCUGGAAAUUACCCUAGUAACUUGGACUGUACAUGGAAAAUUUUAUUGCCAAUUGGAUAUGGUGCACACAUUCAGUUUCUGAAUUUCUCCACUGAGGCAAAUCAUGAUUUCCUUGAAAUUCAGAAUGGGCCUCACCACACAAGUUCUAUGAUUGGACAGUUUAGUGGAAUGGAACUCCCAUCCCCUUUGCUAAGUACUACUCAUGAAACACUUGUCCAUUUUUAUAGUGAUCACUCAGAAAACAGGCAAGGAUUUAAGCUGACAUACCAAGCUUACGAGUUACAGAACUGUCCCGAUCCUCCUCCUUUUUUGAAUGGCUAUAUAGUCAACUCAGAUUACAGUGUGGGACAGUCAGUAUCAUUUGAAUGCUAUCCUGGAUAUGUUUUGAGGGGGCAGCCUGUUCUCACUUGUCAACAUGGAAUCAACAGAAAUUGGAAUUAUCAUUUCCCCAGAUGUGAAGCUCCUUGUGGCUAUAAUGUAACUGCUCAGAAUGGUACAGUUUAUUCCCCAGGAUUUCCAGAUGAAUACCCAAAUUCCAAGGACUGUACCUGGUUAAUUAUUGUAUCUCCAGGCCAUGGGAUUUAUAUCAACUUUACCUUACUUCAGACUGAACCUGUGAAUGACUACAUUGCGGUUUGGGAUGGUCCUGACCAUAAUUCACCUCAGCUAGGAGUUUUCAGUGGGAACACAGCUCUGGAAACAGCUUACAGUUCUACCAAUCAAGUCCUCCUCAAAUUUCACAGUGAUUUUUCAACAGGAGGAUUCUUUGUCCUCAAUUUUCAUGCUUAUCAGCUCAGGAAGUGCCAGCCUCCACCCACAGUUCCACAUGCAGAUUUGUUUACAGAAGAUGAUGACUUUGAAAUAGGAGAUUUUGUGAAGUACAGAUGUCAUCCUGGUUUUACCCUUGUUGGACAAGAUAUACUAACCUGCAAACUGAAUACACAGUUGCAGUUUGAAGGAUCAUCUCCAUCCUGCGAAGCACAAUGUCCAGCAAAUGAAAUACGUACAGAAUCAUCAGGAGUGAUACUCAGUCCAGGCUAUCCAGGCACCUACCCCAACUCUCAGACGUGUUCUUGGACUAUUAAAGUUGAGCCAGGAUACAACAUUUCCAUUUUUGUAGAAAUGUUUCAAAGUGAAAAGCAAUUUGAUGAGCUGGAGGUAUUUGAUGGUUCUUCUGGGCAAAGCCCUUUACUGGUUGCUUUGAGUGGAAAUCACACUGGGCAACUGAACUUCACAAGCAAAAUGAAUCAGCUGUAUCUCCGCUGGUCAACUGAUCAUGCCACCAGCAAGAAAGGAUUCAAGAUCCGUUACUCAGCUCCUUAUUGCAGUUUAAACCCUAACUUGAGGAAUGGUGGAAUUAUAAAUAAAACAGGUGGUCCUGCUGGAAGCAAAGUUCGCUAUUACUGCAAACCUGGGUACAGAAUGAUUGGUCGCAAUAACGCAACAUGCAGGCGCUACCAAAAUGGCAUGUACCAGUGGGAUUCUCCUGUGCCAAUCUGCCACGCUGUAUCUUGUGGCAUUCCUGAGUCCCCUGGGAAUGGCUCAGUUAUAGGUAAUGAAUUCACUUUGGGCAGUAGAUUGAUAUAUGAAUGUAAUGAGGGCUUCAAGCUAGAAUCUAGCCAGCAAGCAACAGCAGUGUGUCAAGAAGAUGGAUUAUGGAGCAACAAAGGGAGGCCGCCUGUUUGCAAAUCUGUAACCUGCCCCAGCAUAGAGACUCUUCUGUCAGAACACGUUGUCUGGAGACUGAUUUCUGGGUCAUUGAAUGAGUAUGGAGCUCAAGUCAUGCUCAGCUGCAGUCCUGGAUAUUAUUUAUUGGGUCAAAGACUCAUACAGUGCAGGCCUAAUGGAACCUGGAGCAUAGGCAAUGAAAGGCCAGCUUGUAAGGUUAUCUCCUGUGGUGGUCUUCCAUCUCCACCAAAUGGAAAUAAGAUUGGAACCUUAACAGUAUAUGGAGCUACUGCAAUAUUCACUUGUAACACAGGAUACACAUUAGUGGGUUCUCACGUGAGAGAAUGCUUGGCAAAUGGUCUCUGGAGUGGUACUGAAACCCAAUGCCUAGCUGGUCACUGUGGCUCACCAGACCCAAUUGUAAAUGGCCAUAUUAGUGGAGAUGGUUUCAGUUAUCGUGACACUGUAGUCUACCAGUGUAAUCCUGGCUUUCGACUUGUUGGUACAUCUGUCCGAAUUUGCCUACAGGACCACAAGUGGUCUGGACAAACUCCUGUUUGUGUCCCAAUCACAUGUGGACAUCCUGGGAAUCCAGCUCAUGGAAUGACUAACGGCAGUGAGUUCAAUUUAAACGAUGUGGUGAAUUUUACCUGCAACACUGGAUACUUACUUCAGGGUGCUUCUCGAGCACAGUGUCGAAGCAAUGGGCAGUGGAGUAGCCCUUUACCCAACUGCCGAGUGGUGAACUGCUCUGAUCCUGGCUUUGUGGAGAAUGCAAUUCGUCACGGACAGCAGAAUUAUCCUGAAAGUUUCAAAUACGGAACAAGCGUGGCAUACCAUUGCAAGAAGGGCUUUUAUCUCUUGGGCUCAUCUGCACUGACCUGUAAAGCUAAUGGGUUAUGGGAUAGAUCAUUGCCAAAGUGUUUGUCCAUUUCUUGUGGACAUCCUGGGGUACCUGCAAAUGCAAUCCUUUCAGGAGACAAAUUUACAUAUGGCUCCGUAAUUCACUAUUCUUGCACGGGGGGUCGAAGGCUCAUAGGAAAUUCUACGAGGGAGUGCCAAGAAGAUAGCCACUGGAGUGGAACUCUCCCUCACUGUUCAGGAAAUAAUCCUGGUUUUUGUGAUGAUCCAGGAGUACCAGCUCACGGGUCUAGACUAGGGGAUGAGUUCAAAACAAAAAGUCUGCUACGUUUCUCAUGUGAGAUGGGUUAUCAGCUGCGAGGGUCUGCAGAGCGAACAUGCUUGCUUAAUGGCUCCUGGUCAGGUAUACAGCCUGUGUGUGAAGCUGUAUCUUGUGGGAACCCUGGCACACCAGCCAAUGGUAUGAUAAUUUACACUGAUGGAAUAUUAUUCUCUAGCUCAGUCAUUUAUGCCUGCUGGGAAGGUUACAAAACUUCAGGGCUGACUACAAGACAUUGUACUGCUAAUGGGACAUGGACUGGCACUGCUCCAGACUGCACAGUGAUUAACUGUGGGGAUCCAGGUGCAUUAGCAAAUGGCAUUCAGUUUGGAAAUGAUUUUACCUUUAAUAAGACAGUCAGCUAUCAGUGCAAUCCAGGCUAUCUGAUGGAACCUGCAAGUUCAUCUACCAUGCGUUGUGUAAAAGACAGCACUUGGAACCAGAGUAAACCAAUUUGCAAAGCUAUUACUUGUGGCCCCCCUCCAACAGUACUGUAUGGGAAAGUGGAAGGAUCUGACUAUCGUUGGGGUGCUAGUGUGAGUUACAGCUGUGCAGAAGGCUAUCAGCUGUCCAACACAGCCAUUCUGUCCUGUGAAGGGCGAGGAGUUUGGCGGGGAGACAUCCCACAAUGUUUGCCUGUGUUUUGUGGUGAUCCUGGUACUCCAGCAGAAGGACGCCUUAAUGGAAAAAGUUUCACCUACAGAUCUGAAGUUAGCUUCCAAUGCAGACCUCCUUUUAUUCUGAUAGGCUCUUCAAGAAGAUUCUGUCAAGCAGAUGGUACUUGGAGUGGAAUUCAGCCAACAUGCAUUGAUCCAGCUCACAAUACAUGUACAGACCCUGGUACUCCACAUUUUGGAAUACAAAAUAGUUCCAGAGGUUAUGAGGUUGGGAGCACAGUCUAUUUCAGAUGCAGGAAAGGUUAUCAUAUCCAGGGAUCUACCACUCGUUCUUGUCUUGCUAACCUAACUUGGAGUGGCAUACAAUCCGAAUGCAUCCCUCAUGCUUGCAGGCAGCCAGAAACACCAGCCCAUGUAGAUGUGAAAGCAAUAGAUCUUCCUACUUUAGGGUAUACUUUGGUGUAUACCUGUCAGCCAGGAUUUUUUCUUGCUGGUGGAUCAGAGCAUCGGACAUGUAAACCAGAUAUGAAAUGGACAGGAAAAUCACCUAUUUGUAAAAUUCCUUCAGAUGUGUUUUUUAUCAAUUCACUGUGGAAAGGGUUUUAUGAAUAUUUAGGAAAAAGACAACCUGCAACUCUCACUGUUGAUUGGUUCAAUACUACAAGCAGCAAAGUGAAUGCCACAUUCAUUGAGGCAUCCAACAUACAGCUCAAACUAUCAGGUGUUUACAAGAAGGAAGAAGCCCAUUUGCUCUUGAAAGCUUUUCAAAUUAAAGGACCAAGUGAUAUUUUUGUAAGCAAGUAUGAAAACGACAACUGGGCACUCGAUGGUUAUGUAUCCUCAGGGCUUGAAAGAGGAGUUUUUACUUAUCAAGGUGAUAUACAUGGAAAAGACUUUGGAAAAUUUAUGCUCCAAAGACAAGGUCCUUUAAGUGCAGACACAGACCUUUCAAAUCACUAUUAUGGUACAAACAGCAGUUCAGUUGCAGCUGCCAUCCUGGUACCAUUCUUUGCUCUAAUAUUAUCAGGGUUUGCAUUUUACCUCUACAAACACAGAACAAGACCAAAAGUACAGUACAAUGGAUAUGCUGGACAUGAAAACAGUAAUGGACAAGCUUCAUUUGAAAAUCCCAUGUAUGACACAAACUUAAAACCCACAGAGGCAAAGGCUGUGAGGUUUGAUACGACUCUGAACACAGUUUGUACAGUGGUAUAGCCUUCAGUGCCCAAUAUGACUGAUUCAUAGCCAUACCUCUGAUGGACAAGCAGUAAUUCCUUUGGUGCCAUAUACCAGUUUCCCUUCUCUUGGCUUUGCUGCUGUAAUCUUUAACAUCUUCUGUCAGCCUACAUGCAGCUAAAUUUUCUGGUAAAAACGUGUCAGUCUUCGGGGGAUCAGACAAAGAAUAUUUUUUCAUCUUAAAGCUGGAUCAAAAUGCCUGGCUGCAUCUGCUUCAAACCAAGGCACACUUUAAGGAAGACUGCCAAGUUAUGCCAAUUUGUCAUAUUUAAUGCCUCAGACUCUCAUAUUUGUAUGCGGCUGAAUGCCUUUCAAUGUGUUCUUCUGGGCACUUGGAUAAAUCCUUUGAGUACUGUGACAAAUGAUAGCACCACAGAUUAUCCCCGGGAAUAUUCUGAAGAAAGCUCUCUUGAAGGAGGAGACAGCCUUCCUUGAGGUUGCAUACACUUGCAAAUGCUUUACCAUUCAAAUCUUGCUAAAAUUAGGAAAAUUUACAGUAUAUUUUAUUCAUAGGUCAGUUUUGCCAAUUCCCCAAUCAGCCGUUAAUAUCGCAAAAUAUUAAUGCACAAUUUUUUUUGCACUAGGGUGUAAUGGCUGACUGAGUAAGAUACUGGUAAAAAUAUACAGGGUUUCUACACACUGUCCAUUGUAUAUAGACAUUCACUCACCCUUUGCCAAGCAAAACAUUCCAGAAUAAAUUUACUUGGCGUAUUAAAUUGACCCCUAUGUUUAGCACCAGUUAAAAUCUUGUGCUAUAGAGGAUAAUAUUUCUUUUGUCAAUUUUUGACUAAAUUUCUUUGUAAACAUGAUUACAAGUCAAUGGGGACUUUCAGCCAGAACAAGAACCCAUAUCUAAGAAUUUUUCUUUGCCACUAUUGUUUUCUUCUGAAAUCAGUCAUCAAUCACCAUUGUCAGUAUCAUACUAUGUAACAGCAGGGGGGUUAGUAGCUAUUGCUGCUUGCCAUGUACAAAUGUGAAUAGUAAUUUAUUUUAGAUAGCUCAUACAGCCUGUGAGCCUGUGCUCAUAAUACAGUCUUCCCUUUUGCAUUUUUUUCCAUUUUUCCUUUAAUAUGACAUCAUUUUCUGAUGUUACAUGGAACUAAAACACAUUACAGUAGCGUAGAAAAACCCAGGGCAAAUUGUCCAUAAAAAGUGGUCAUUCAGUUUCUACUUUGAACAAAGAGAAAUAUUCAACUAUCUUUGCUUUCUGUUUAUUUUAAAUUUUUUAAACACACUGCUUACAGCUUUUGUACUUACACAGUUUGACAGAGACAUUUAUACAUAUAAAGGUUGAGUAAUCAUUAGUGUUUGCAUAGAAUUAGAUGUUUUAUUGAAUGAAAAUAAACAAAAAUGCCAUUGGGCAGAUUAAUUAAAUUGAGUUUUAAAAAUAGGAAAUAAUAGUAAAUAAUGAAGGAAAAUCUGGUUUUAGUCAUACGCAUUGAGUUCAUAAAACAGGAAAGUUGUUUUGCUUUUCUUCUAAUUCAGGGCUGUUUUUUGAUGCUGUUUUUUUGUUUUAGUUUUCUGAAUUGCAAAAUGUCCUAUUGUCCCAUUGCUAUCUAAGCUGUUGAAAAGUUUUUUCUGAACUCCAUAUGUGUGUAGGUCUGGCUGUCAUACACAAAACAAAAAGGUAAUAUAAGCCCAGUAACAGGUUUUUCAGCUAAUGUUGCAGAAUGCAACAAAAAUUUCAAAGGUAACCCUUGGUCAGUUUAACAACUACAUCUGUUAGAUGAAAAAUACUAGCAAUAUAAUACAUAAUAAUUGUAGGGCCUGCAGCUGUUAUGUUCCUCAUAUGAGCAAGAAACUCUGAAGAAAAUUUAAUAAAUAACCCUUUCCAGUCAGUUCCUUGUUCAUUUUGUUUGUAGUUUUUUUCUUUCUUUUUUUUUGUUUUCUCUGAAGUUAUUGUGCAGUAAGUUUCAUUUAGUUGUCCCAUCUCACAGCCUUUCACAUUUUCAGAGAAAGAACAGUCAUCAGAUAAAAGCUGUCCUGAUCCUCCCCCGCAUAGAGGAAGUUGCUUGGCAAAUGAAGAGCUUCUGUAGGAACAGUGGGCCAGGAAAGAGGAUAUUGUCUGACUAAAGUUUCUGACAGGUGUUAAAAAUUGUUGCAUUAAAAGUCUUUCUGUAGUGGCAAUGAGAGAAAAAAAAAACGGUGUUUUGAAAACAAAAUACAUAGCUUUUAUUGAUGUUUUCUAGUCCUGUCAUUACAGUGUAUGCUUCAGUGCCCUGUCUCACCACCAAGGAAUGUGUUGGAGGAUAAAAGAGAAUAGUUAAAUAGUUUGGUCUUUUGUAUUAGAGAGCCCAGAUUCCCUGAAUCCAUUAUUCAGUGGUUCAUUUGGGGAUGUAAUGGAACAAUUGCUUAUCCUGAGUGAGAGCUCUUUGAUCAGGGACACUCAAAAGGAACACACUAACAAAAUAUCCUAAGUUUGCUUGGAGUGUUGAUUAAACAGGAGCUUCACACUGGAGCCCAAGUAAAACCAAAGUAUUGCAAUUUAAUCAGUUCUACCCAUACCUUUCAAAUUCCUCUCCUUCUCUGCUGUGUUUGAGUCUUCUGUUCAGGUUGGAUCUCCUCCUCCUGAAGUUAUUCCACAGAGGGCUGUGUAUCCAUGCACUUCAAUAUGGUGCUUCUUCAGAGUGAGGCUCUUAAGAUGAUGUGCAGUGACUGGGAAAUGGCAGCCAGGAAAUCUGUUUUUUUCAUAUAAUUGCAGAAGACUUUUCCCCCAGCGUUGACCAGAUCAUUAUGACAGGCUAAUAAUACAUGCUAUAUUUUUUUUAAAAAACAGGUUAUGUGCUUCAAAGCUGUUAAAAACUGCUGCUUGUAUCACACAUCUUGCCUUUCUCCAGGCUAGCUGCAAUAAUUUUUUUUCUUGUGUAAAAUAUUUUGUAAACAAAAAAAAUGUUGUUAUUAAAAAAAAUUAAAAAAAGUGGGAGGGUGGGGGGAUUGGGGAGAACGCCGCAUAAUGACCAAGUCAAUCUAAUUUUCAUUCCCACUAUUCCAUUCUGCCAUUUCACUACAUGCUGCUGUGACAUGAAGUAGGUGCAAAAGAACUUUUUGUACAGAGAUAUAUUUUUUAUGAAGAAUUUGUAAAAUUAUUAAAUAUGAUGUACUUUUUUGAUUAAUGUAGGUAAAUUGUUAAAAAUAAAUGUUUUUACAAUACAAAAAUAAAUUGUAAUUUUCCCAAUAAUGUAAAAUUUACCAUCUUUAGCUGAUUUUCAGUUCUGAUCCUAUUACACUUGUAUUAAUAUUAAAGUGGCCUGUUAAAAAUAAACAGUAUUCUCUUUGGAAAAAAAAGAAAAAAGAAACAAACAUAAAAAGACUGUAAUAUAGCCUGUGCAAUGCCACCUACCUUGAAAACAAAAUCAGAGUUCUAAUUAAAUAUUUAAUUUUAGAUUUUCA